CCACUUUCAAUUUGCUUCCGUUGCCACUGCAUAUUUACGAUAACCUUUAAUUUACUUAGACGAUACGAAAUGAUUGUAAAAUAGAAUAUAUAGAGUUCCAUGCAACUGGUACACAUUAGAGUAAAAUAAUAAUGUAUUUAUGAACAAUUUGAUAUAAAUAAUGAUAAUUUGCAAAUUGUUGCUUGCCAGACUUUAAUUCAAAAUAUUGAAACUGUUAAAAAGAUAUCAUAUUAUCAAAAUUAAAGAUCAUAAAUACAGUUAGAAUUCUACAUUAAAAAAAAACAUAAUGAAAAAAUACAUAAAUGAAGCAAUCCCACAAUUCCUUUCCUGAGCUCUGAUUGGCUGUUCGUUUUCGCGGGUCCAUCUUUGGGUCCAGUUUCAGAGCCCAGUUACUCGUUAAUAUAAACUCAAAGUUGUACGACGUUAGAAAUGGACCAGAGAACCGCUGAUCGUGUUUUGUCUGAGCUGGCUCAUCUGAGGGAAAUGUUUUCGUCCAAGAGCAAGAAGGCCCUCAAGAUGCCCGACGGAAUUCAAAGAGCUGUAAGGCAAGUCAUCAGAAAGCUGAAAGAAGAUGUAGAAAACCCCUUAGUAGUGGAUUAUGACAAGUUUGAAAACAAUGAUAUAAGGACAAUUGUGCGAGAAGUUAGGAGGAGCUACACCAACUAUGAUUGGGGAUCAGGUACCAUUGAAGAGGCAUUAAGGCGAGUAUGGAGAAAUAUGCGUGAUGAAGAAAGAAGACGCGAGAAAGGGAAUAAGGAACUCCACAGACGCCAGAGUAAACAGGCAAAGCGCAUUAGAGAUAAAUUAAAGAGUAGAUGCACUCAGCUGAAAAAUGAUGCCAUCUACAAGAAAAAGGACCGAAAGAAGAUAAGAAAAUGCCUAUCCAAGGAGGCCACAUCACCAGAAGUGACAGACGAAGAUGAACCAACACAGCGUGUUGCGAUUCCCUUUGUGUGGGAAUCAAGUCUUCUGCGGGCAAUCAAGUGUGAUCUGGACAGAGGAUACAGCGAUUCUCUCGGGAUUCAACAAAGGAGGCAGAAGUCUAAAGUGACCAGGAGUGCCACUGAGAUGACCAUGACCCCACCUCCAAGGGACAUUCCCGGCUGGGCAAUCUCUACAACCUAUCACCUUGAUCAUAAUGGCUGA